AUGGCACCCAACAGUCAUUUCGAACAGGACUUGAUCUCACAACACACUAAUUAUGACUUACAAUAUGAGAAGAUACAAGCCAAACGACUCCAUGCGUCACUCAACCGUGAUCAACUGGCAGCGUAUGAAGAAAUCAUAAACUCCACAAAGCAAGGCACAUCAAAUCUAUUUUUCAUUUACGGCCAUGGAGGAACAGGAAAGACUUAUCUAUAUAAUGCACUCACAUCUAAAAUAAGAAGCGAAGGAAAAAUUGCAUUAGUAGUUGCAUCAUCAGGAAUCGCAGCAACUCUUUUGCCAGACGGAGUCACCGCCCAUUCCAGGUUCAAAAUACCUAUAGAAGUCGACCACUACUCAACAUGCAGCAUUAAAAAGGCAACUCAACUAGCAGAACUACUUCGUGCCUGCACGAUAAUAAUAUGGGAUGAAGCUCCAAUGAUACAUCGCCUAUCCUAUGAAGCAGUUGAUCGGACACUCUGUGAUAUAAUGAAUGUCCCAACAAUUGGACCACAAUAUAAACCAUUCGGAGGGAAAACGGUAGUCCUUGGAGGAGACUUCAGACAAACAUUGCCUGUAGUUACGGAAGGUGGACGUGAAGCUAAUCUCAACGCAUGUCUUACAAGAUCAUAUCUAUGGAAGUAUACAAAAUUACUCAAACUCACCAUGAAUAUGCGCAUCAUCAGUGACCCCGUAAAUACGGCCACCAACUUCAACGACAUGACCUUCACAGAAUGGGUGCUUUCAGUAGGAGACGGGACCCUUCCCACUCAAAAAAUACAACACACCACUGAGAACGAUUGGAUACAAAUUCCAUCAAGCUUACUAAUACCGGAGUCAGACAACCCAAUCUCUGAUCUCGCAAACAUUGUUUAUCAUGACCUGCCAACAUCAUUUGGAUCAAUGGCCUACAUCAAGCAAAGAGCAAUUGUGACUCCAACGAACCAAGCGGUAUCCGAAAUCAAUUCAUAUUUACUCAAUGAAAUCCCAGGUGAUCCAAAAACUUACUACAGCUCGGACACAAUAGCAUCAGAAAAUGCCAACACAUCAAUCUUGCAGGAACAGUACCCGCCCGAGUUUUUAAAUAGUUUGUCGUUCAACGGAGCUCCAGAACACGAGAUAACAUUAAAGCCAUUCACGCCAAUAAUGCUACUUCGCAAUCUCAGUCCAUCAAAUGGAUUAUGCAAUGGUACACGAAUACUGGUUACAAAACUGGGUGAAAAUGUUAUCUACGGCCUGAUCAUUGGCGGAACACUAGAAGGAUCACCUGUAGCGAUACCAAGAAUAGUAUUAGAAAUCACCAAUCGUCGAUGGCCAUUCACCCUCAGACGCAGACAAUUUCCAAUACGUUUGUGCUAUGCUAUGACAAUAAACAAAAGUCAGGGACAAACACUUGAACAAAUAGGUGUGCUACUAACCAGACCAGUAUUCAGUCAUGGACAAUUAUAUGUAGCAAUAUCGCGCGUGCGAUCAGCCAAAGGAUUACAUAUAGCCGUGGCAAACACUGAUGGCAAAUACCGAGACUUCACAAGAAAUAUUGUAUAUAGAGAGGUAUUUGAAGAAUUAGAAUAG